UAAGAGAAAACAAGGGUUUUAUACCUUUAUUGUUUUUUUUUAAUUAAUAAUUUUGACUGAUUUUUUUUUUCUCUCUCUCUAUUGGAUCGACCAGUGAAAGAUCUCUCUCUCUUAUAGAAAUUCUUUGAGUUGUGUAAGUUUUCUCUGCAAAAUUAGCUCUGAAACUAACAAUAAUAUCUGAUCUUUUCUAGUUAUAUUUUCCCCUCGAUUUCCGCACAUUUAUACUGUUUUCGGCUCCGAUUUUUUCUCUAAAAGACAGAUAAUCUCGAGCUUGAAAAUAGUGAGGUCUUUUUUUUUCACAUACUUUGAGUGAGAAUCUCUCUUCGAAAACCUAAUAAGGUUUUUUUCUUUUAUCUUAUUGGCAUUUUCACUCUCUGGAGGAAGAUUUCAAAGAAGUCUUGUCUGCAACAAAUAAUUUGGUUGGAGUUGGAUUUUUUCAGGAUUUCGAGAGAAGUGUUGUUUUUAGUAGUUGACUGAUUAAUCAGUGAGAGAGGGAGUGUAUGGAUUGACUGAAUAUUUUGAUGAAUCAGUGAUGAUUGUUUCGAUUUUUGAUGAUAAACUGGGAGUUCUUUUGAGUACAUUUUGUGAAUUUGGAUGGAUUUUGGAGUUGUUGGAUGGGCGUAUGAAUGGCAGGGUUUAAUUUUGAGUAUGGUUAAUGAUUUGAUUCAAUUAGAGUGUAAGAAAUUGUUUGGUAAAGUCAUUUUCUGAUGUCGAGAGCAGAGAGGAUGACUACGGAUCCUGCUAGGGAUGGUCCUGUAGAAAGAGACAUUGAGCAGGCCAUCACUGCUCUGAAGAAAGGAGCAUAUUUGCUCAAGUAUGGACGUCGAGGGAAACCAAAGUUCUGUCCCUUCAGAUUGGCAAAUGACGAAUCUGUUCUAUUGUGGUUUUCCGGGAAAGAGGAGAAACAACUUAGACUCAGCCAUGUAUCUAGAAUUGUACCUGGGCAACGCACAGCAAUUUUUCAGAGGUAUCCUCGGCCUGAGAAAGAAUACCAGUCAUUUUCUCUUAUAUAUAAUGACAGGUCACUCGAUUUGAUUUGCAAGGAUAAAGAUGAAGCUGAAGUUUGGUUUGUUGGUCUAAAAGCAUUGAUCUCUCGUGGACAUCACCGGAAGUGGAGGACAGAAUCCAGAAGUGAAGGAUUUUCAUCUGAAGCAAAUAGUCCUAGAACAUACACCCGAAGAAGUUCCCCUUUGAGUUCCCCGUUUGGUAGCGGUGGAGACUUACAAAAGGACGGUGGAGAUCCUCUUCGUCUACACAGUCCUUAUGGGAGCCCUCCUAAAAACGGCCUAGAUAAGGCAUAUUCAGAUGUGGUAUUAUAUGCUGCACCUCCUAGGGGAUUCUUUCCCGCAGAUUCCGCCAGUACGUCGGUCCAUUCACUGUCAUCAGGCUCAGAUAGCAUGAAUGGUCACAUGAAAGUCAAUGCAAUGGAUGCUUUUAGAGUAAGCCUUUCCAGUGCUGUCAGCUCAUCAAGCCAAGGUUCAGGUCAUGAUGAUGGGGAGGCUUUAGGGGAUGUUUUCAUUUGGGGCGAGGGUACCGGAGAUGGUGUCCUUGGUGGUAGCCUUUAUAGAGGUGGAAGUUCAGGUAUUAAAAUGGAUUCACUUUUACCUAAAGCUUUGGAGUCUGCGGUGGUGCUUGAUGUGCAGAACAUAGCUUGUGGUGGACGACAUGCAGCUUUAGUAACUAAGCAAGGGGAGAUUUUUUCUUGGGGGGAGGAAUCAGGUGGCAGGCUAGGACACGGUGUUGAUUCUGAUGUGUCACACCCGAAGCUUAUUGAUUCUCUUGGCAAUACAAAUAUCGAACUUGUAGCUUGUGGAGAAUUCCAUACUUGUGCAGUAACACUCUCUGGGGAUCUGUAUACAUGGGGGGACGGUACUUACAACUUUGGGCUUCUAGGACACGGGAAUGAAGUGAGUCACUGGGUUCCGAAAAGACUUAAUGGACCUUUAGAGGGUAUACAUGUUUCAUCCAUUGCUUGUGGACCUUGGCAUACAGCUGUUGUAACUUCCGCUGGGCAAUUAUUUACAUUUGGGGAUGGAACAUUUGGUGUUCUGGGCCACGGAGAUCGGAAAAGUGUAUCAAAACCUAGGGAAGUGGAAUCCCUGAAGGGGCUCCGGACCGUACGAGCUGCUUGUGGUGUUUGGCACACUGCUGCAGUUGUAGAAGUUAUGGUAGGAAGUUCCAGUUCUAGCAACUGCUCUUCAGGAAAGCUGUUUACCUGGGGAGAUGGUGAUAAAGGUCGACUUGGUCAUGGUGAUAAGGAAUCAAAGCUUGUGCCUACUUGUGUUGCUGCACUGGUGGAGCCCAACUUUUGUCAAGUAGCCUGUGGGCACAGCAUGACAGUUGCUCUUACAACUGCUGGCCAUGUCUAUACUAUGGGUAGUCCAGUUUAUGGCCAGCUAGGAAAUCCCCAAGCUGAUGGGAAGCUCCCUACUCGUGUGGAAGGAAAGCUUCUGAAGAAUUUUGUGGAGGAGAUAGCUUCAGGUGCUUAUCAUGUUGCAGUUUUGACGUCAAGAACUGAAGUUUAUACUUGGGGAAAAGGAGCUAAUGGUAGAUUAGGUCACGGGGAUACAGAAGAUAAGAACUCCCCAUCAUUGGUUGAAGCUUUGAAAGACAAACAGGUCAAGAGUAUUGCUUGUGGCUCUAAGUUUACUGCAGCUAUCUGUCUUCAUAAGUGGGUGUCUGGUGUUGAUCAGUCUAUGUGCUCUGGCUGCCGUCUUCCGUUCAAUUUCAAAAGGAAACGACAUAAUUGCUAUAACUGUGGGCUUGUUUUCUGCCAUUCAUGCAGCAACAAAAAAUCUCUUAAGGCUUCGAUGGCACCAAAUCCAAACAAACCAUACCGUGUCUGUGAUAAUUGCUUCGGUAAACUAAGGAAAUCCAUAGAAACAGAUUCUUCAUUUCACUUAUCUGUUAAUAGAAGAGGAAGUAUGAGUAGUCUAACAGAAGUGGUUGAGAAGGAUGAAAAGCUAGACAAUCGAUCUCACGUGCAGCUUAAUAGAUUUUCUUCAAUGGAAUCCUUUAAGCAAGUAGAAAGCAGAUCUUCCAAAAGAAACAAGAAAUUAGAAUUUAAUAGUAGUCGUGUUUCACCUAUUUCAAAUGGAAGCUCUCAGUGGGGAGCACUUAAUAUAUCUAAAUCAUUGAAUCCUGUUUUUGGGUCAUCUAAGAAAUUUUUCUCAGCUUCUGUUCCUGGGUCGAGAAUUGCAUCACGCGCAACAUCACCCAUAUCAAGAAGGGCAAGUCCACCUCGUUCAACAACACCUACACCAACUCUUGGAGGAUUGACUUCUCCAAAAAUUGUUGUGAAUGAUCCUAAAAGAACAAAUGAUAGCUUGAGCCAGGAUAUCAUGCAAUUAAGAGCACAGGUGGAAUCUCUAACUCAUAAAGCGCAACUUCAAGAAGUUGAGCUCGAAAGAACAACAAAGCAGCUGAAGGAAGCAAUAGCAAUUGCAGGGGAAGAAACUGCAAAAUGCAAAGCAGCCAAGGAAGUGAUUAAGUCGCUUACUGCCCAGUUGAAGGACAUGGCUGAGAGGUUGCCUAUCGGAGCAAUGCGGAAUCCUAAAUCACCAACCAUUGGUUCCAUUUGUUCUACUCCUAUCUCUAGUGAUAUGUCUGCUGCAACACUUGAUCAACUAAGCAGCCCUGUGACUAUCCAUGAACUAGAUUCAAAUGGAUUGAACAACUUGGUUCUUUCAAGUGGGCCAACAACCAGUACACGCAAUUCAAAUCACAACAGACUGGGUCCCUCUGAAGCUACUAGGAAUGGGACCAGAACAGCUGAAGGAGAGGUCAGCCAAGAGACAGAGUGGGUUGAGCAAGACGAGGCCGGUGUGUACAUUACGCUUACAUCUUUACCAGGGGGUGUCAAAGACCUUAAGCGAGUCCGCUUCAGUCGGAGGCGGUUUAGUGAGAAACAAGCCGAACAAUGGUGGGCAGAGAAUCGAGCCAGGGUGUAUGAGCAAUACAAUGUCCGCAUGGUAGACAAGUCUAGCAUUGGCAUCGGAAGUGAGGCUUAGCCCUUCGCCACAUGUAAAAAGCAAAAGAGGGUAAAUCCAGAGUUCAGUUUCUACAUCAUGGGAAAUCCAUGCUGGUCCAUUCAAAAUGGUAAUCGCUUUCAUCUUAUAAUACAAAGGUGGGAAGAGUAAGCAAAUAAGCACUGGUCAAUAUAAGAGAAGAAAAAUAGAGGAUUAAUUGUUGCUAAUAUUUUUUUUCCCCUUUUUCUCUGCAUAACAAAAGUAUGCUAAAGUGUGUAGAAAAGUGUGGAGUGGGUCGAGGGUGUGAGGAUUGUAAAUUCUUAGUAGGUUACUCUGCUUUUCGUUCAUUGCAGCUUCCUUGUAAAUUCUCAAGCAAAUGCUCGAUGAGAGGUACCUUUUUUCUCUUCUCUCUAAUUUUCCCCUUGCCAAUCUCGAUUUUUUUUCUUCUUAAAAACUCAGAUGAUUUUAAUUGAUGAUUGUUCACAUCUUUGUCUUGAA